AUGAGAAACUUCAACAAAAAGUAUUUUUUCUGCUGCAUUCUCCUUUUUACCAUUUUCGCCGCCCAUACAAUAUGGAAAUAUCAGCAAACUAAUGUAGUUUAUCUCUCACAAGACGAUCGUGAUUAUCCAAAACUCGACACCUGGAGUUAUACGACGGAAAGUAAAGAGUUUUCGCGCUAUAUAAAUUCAGAAAUACCGAAAACAAAUGGUGAUCUUGACGCUGCUUUUGAGGUCAUCAACGAUGACACCAUUUUACCGCCAUCCGCUAGAAUACGCGCCAGAAAACUUUUCACCAAUAAAUCAUUAGUGAUAUGGGCAACAGAGUGGCAUAUGACACCAAUUAAAGAUGUUGAGAACCUACUUACGCCGUUUGGGGUCAAGGUUAUAAAUUAUAACCUUGACCCAUAUAGGUGUGAAUUUCAGAGGAAGGCUUGUGAAGCUAGAAAAAAUUUGAAAGUAUUGAAUCCAAGCAACGUACUUGAUGCACUACCAAAAGUGGUCGACAAGUACAUUGAGACCUACAGAAACGACGCUGAAAUGAAUUCAGUUGAUGUUGUCUACUGUGGCUACCCGGCUUCUCUCUGUGAAGUUUACGUGCAACUGAACAAGAGCGUGCUCGUUCUCGCUACUACUAGAUACGACGUGGGAAGGUACACAGCCGAAAGAUGGCGGAAACUGAAUGACAACUUCAGAAUUCUCGCCAAGAAACCAUGGAACAUUUUUGGUGGGAAUAAUCUCUACGACGCCAGGUUCAUUCAGUAUUACACCGGUAUAAAGACCCAUCAUAUACCGAGCAUGUGCGAUUAUACCGGGGCCGAAUAUACGAAUACGAAGACAACAUUCCUGAUUUUGAGGAGAAGGGAUAGAGGUUUCAACAACAUUUUCUAUAAGAAGUUCGAGGAUGCUUGUCACUUGAUCAAUUGCUCAGCUAAAAUAAAGUUGUUGGGCAAUUAUGAUUACUCGAACCUGGCGAAACAUCGUGGUGUGGUGCACGUUCCCUAUCAAAUAUCAGUGAUGAGCAUAUUCGAACAGUACAGAAUGAACAUACCGAUGUUUUUUCCAUCUCCAAAACUUCUCACCAGAUGGCAGGUUGAUCACUACAUUAUGCCAGAAAGGUUUGGUUUCAUAAUGGUGAGAUAUCGGGAGCGAAAAACUAAUCGAGGUAAAACACCUGUUGAAGUGAUGAGAACAGCAGUUGAUGAAGUUCUGAAAAAGAACAGAGCUAUCAAUGCUGUUGCACGUGAAACUGGAAUUGACCGAAUGACAUUGAAGCGAUAUGUUCGGAAGAGUAGUCUCAGUCCAAGUGUAGGCUUGAUACCGAAUUGGAAUACAAGGCAGGUAUUCAAUUUAGAACAAGAAGAGAUGCUUGCAAAGUAUUUGCUGCAAGCAUCUAAGAUGAACUAUGGACUAUCCACCAAAACAACUCGCCAGUUCGCAUAUGAUAUGGCCGUUGCGAAUAAUAUAACAUGCCCAUCUUCAUGGUCAAUGAAAAAAACUGCUGGUAUUGAUUGGCUCCAGGGUUUUAUGAAAAGAAGACCCGAGUUGUCACUACGUGCACCUGAAGCGACUAGUCUGGCAAGAGCAACAGCAUUCAAUAAAUAUAAUAGGACAUUGUUUGUAAAGUUCCAGAUCCAAUUCAGCAUGGUGGGACUGCUCGAGUCAUUUGAUGGGGCCUUUUUUCGCAAACGGCCCACAAGCUCCAUUAUUGGGCCAGACCCUUCUCAGGGAGAUGUACCAGAUCCAAAGAAUGAAUUUGACUACAAUAGCACGAGGUACUGGAUGCAGUUUGCUGAUUUCUACCAGGUAAUGCCGUAUGGAGUUCUGUACGAGAGUAUUCCUCACUUGGUACAGAUCCUUAAGGAUAUAACGGAUGAACAACUGAUGACCAUCAGCUCCAACAUGCGUAGGUACAACGUCGAGUUUAAAAAGAAACUUCUGAGAAAGUGGAGGAAGAUUCUGCUAGCAUUUGCUGAAAACAGUCCAAACCGUCCUCAUUAG